AUGGACUCCAUCUCAUCAGUCGAAGUAGCUGAGAAAAACAAGAAAGUCCUGCGUGCAUCCAAAAUUAACAAUCAAAAGACAAGCGUCAAGUACAAGUCUGCGCAUGAGGAAAGAUUUAUGUUGGAAACAAUUUCACAAUUCUUCGCGUACUUUAGGACCAAAUUCCCGAUAUUCGAACUUCUCAUACCUCAAGCUCUUACCCUCGAAGAAAAAACCAUGGGACAAGCAUCAAAGGAGCUUACUUGGCUGCUGAUAAAAAACGAAUUUGAACCUGGAGUUAUCCGAGCGCGAAGUACAACAUGUUGGGACUCUAAGAAGUACUUGCGUGAGAAUAACCUUAAAUCGGAUGAUAAUACUGAACAGAACAUUUCGGUGCUCGCUCUUGCGCGUAUGGAGUUUGUAAUAUCUGGAUUAAGUGGUUCUAUUCGUGAGGAUUUUGAGUCUCUUUUUAGUGGAAUCGUGUACAAUACCGACGCUGUUAAGUAUUUUAGACGAGUGAUGCGGAAAAUAAAAACGAAAGACUACAUGAAGUUAGGACUUUCCACCAAAUCAGAAGAAAAGAAGGCAUUCGAACUACUUGAAAAAGCUUCGUUAUAUAGCGAAAUGCUUGGGAUAUAUUAG